AACUGAACUAGUGGUGAUCGAAAUGUGAAGAAAGUCGACAGCGACAAUUAGAUAGCUGCUUAUUAUAAUAUUUUUUCAAUAAUUAUAUCUGUCCUGACUUUUGAUUUAUAAACGCUGAAAAUUGACUCAUAUUGUAGUCACAAAUUAACAGUCCUAAUCAUUUUAUGUUGUUCAGUGGUCUGAAUGAUUGCAGCGUUAUUCACUUAUACAAAUUUAGUUUAGUGAUUAAGAUAUCUCUGAAACAUCAUAGCAGGUGCUACAAUAAUUAACAGUUUCCCUUUGUUUGGUAUCUGUGGAUAUGUAGAAGGUAGCGUUUUAGUGUUGUUUGUGUAAGUUUUGUGUGCUGUAUGCCAUAACAAAGGGUUUACGUACAGACAGGAAAGGUGAAGCUGUGUAUAUGGAUUUGUGCAGGAGGCGUCUGUUUCAGGAAGGAUGCUAAUUUGACACGACGAGCCUUGCGGCUAUUAAUAAGUGAAGGGAGACUCUCAAAACCUCGAGGAAGUAUAUAUCGAAAUAAACUUUAGUAAUGUGAAUAUUAUUAAACACCACAUCAGAUUGUGUGUUUACAGUCUAACCCGACGCCUGAAGGUGUAAGAAAAGAGAACAUAAUGUCUGCAGGAAUUCAAGAUAAGCCAGCUGCUCAAGCGGUUGGUAACACAUGUGACUGGCAGAUAAGACGACAGAAGGUCAGUGAGAGGGGCAAGUUCUUGCUGGAAACCGCACAAUGGAGCGAUUGUCAGUUUGUUGUGGGGACUGAGCCUCAUCAGCAGUUGUUUUCUGUUCACAAGUUGUUUCUUGCCAUGUCAAGUCCUGUGUUUGAGGCAAUGUUCUUUGGAGGUAUGCCGGAGAAGGAUGAGCCUAUACCUAUACUGGAUGUACAACCUGAAGCAUUCAAAGCUUUGCUUGAAUACAUAUAUACAGACGAGAUAAAUCUCCAGUCUUUUGACCAAGCUUGUGAGCUAUGCUACGUAGCCAAAAAAUACAUGAUACCACAUGUUGUGGAAGAAUGCACAAAGUAUCUUUGGGGAGAUCUGUUUCCUAAAAAUGCUUGCAGGGCCUACGAGUUUGCCAGAUUGUUUGAGGAACCCGUUCUCAUGGACAAAUGCUUGAGGAUAAUUUGCUCUGAAACAGAAGCUGUCCUGCGUGAAGGAAGUUUUGAAGACAUUGAAGUUUCAACAUUAGAGACAAUUCUUGAUCAAGAAGAACUGUCUAUAAACUCAGAACUUGAAUUGUUCGAAGCAGUACAACGCUGGGCAGCAGCGGAGUGCUCUCGCCGAGGUGUUGAUAUCAAAUCCAUGCGAAGUGUGCUCGGUUCUGCUAUUGGAAAAAUACGGCUUUUAACACUUACCCCAGCAGAAUUUGCGGAAGGCCCAGCACUUUCACCCCUUCUAACUAAAGAUGAAAGUUUCGCCAUUCUAAUGAAUAUAUCUUCUAAAACAGCAACAAAAGUUACUCUUCCUGAAAGCUUUUCCACAUGCAGUGUACCAAGGAAACGACCAGCAGGUGAAGAUAAGCACAUUAUUCAGCUUCCAGGAGAAGCCCGAGAAGGUCAGAAAUACUAUUGCUUACGAAAUAUUUCACCUCAGCCACAUGGCUACAAUACCAGCAAUCUGGACUGCUCAGUAUCCUUCACUGUCGACAGAAAUAUCUGUGUGCUCGGAGUUCAGGUUCCUACACAGAUAUGUCCACCACCGCCACCAUUCCGAUAUGAUGGUCCACAGUUGCACGAAUCUUACACAGAGGUCAUUUACGCACACCUUCUCGAUUCCGAUGGCAGUCGACUGACUUACACGCAUGUCACUUCACGAGUUUCUUAUGCCUCACUUGUUGAAAUUACAUUUGACCGCCCAGUGUAUAUUCAGAGGAAUAAAAUUUACAGAGUUGGGGUUGUCCUCAACAAAAUGGGAAGGUACCCAAUGGGGACAGGUGAUAGACGCAUUGUGUGUGGUUCAGUGCUAUUUAAUUUUUGUGUAGGACCUGACAUUGAUUCUGUUAGGGAAGGUAUAAUAAAAUCUAUUGUGUUCACAUACUGAGUGCCUCAGGAUACAGUGUUCUUGUGUUAAGUCAGUAAAAGGUACAAAAUCAAUAGAAGAAGAUUCUAUUUACGAAGUACAAGUGGAACUUAAUUUGUAUGUGUGUCACAGUGAGUCAAGCCGUUACACCUUAUAGCAGCAUCAUAUGUAAAGUAAUGAUUACAGUUGAAUUUAGAAUUUAAUUUUCAUUGAUCCUGUAGUCGCCUUACACAAUUACAAGGAGACUGUCAAUUGUUUACACAACUUUUGAGUAAAGCAAAGCCUUUUCUGUUUUAGUUAUUAA